AAAAUAUAAAUUCUCUCUGGUCCACAUAAAAUGAUGUAAAAUGAGAGGUCGUGCAAAUUUUCCGAACAAAAAUUUGCAAAUAGCUUUUUAAUGUAGUGAUAAGUGUAGUGUUCAUAUUUAAACAAUUCUGUUAAAUGACGUGACAGUGACUAACAAUGCAGUUCUACAAGGAAAGGAUUCUUAACGCUGCUCAGUUAAAAAGACUCAGUGAACACAAAUAUUCCUGUACCAGCUCGAGUAUAUUGGACGCCUGGCUGCAGCCGUGGUGGUGCUGGCUGGUCUCGAAGACACCGCUAUGGCUGGCGCCGAAUCUCAUUACUAUAUUAGGUUUAAUAGUCAAUAUCGUCACCACACUUAUUUUAAUUUGGUACAGCCCCGACGCCCGGCAGCCGCCGCCGCGCUGGGCCUGCGGCGUGUGCGCGCUGGGCGUGUUCGUGUACCAGAGCCUGGACGCCAUCGACGGCAAGCAGGCGCGCCGCACCGGCAGCCAGUCGCCGCUGGGCGAGCUGUUCGACCACGGCUGCGACAGCAUCUCCACCGUGUUCAUCGCGCUCGGCGCCUGCAUCGCGGUCAAGCUGGGUGACUACCCCACCUGGAUGUUCUUCCAGUGUUUUUGCGCGAUGACACUGUUCUACUGCGCCCACUGGCAAGCGUACGUCACUGGCACGCUCAAGAUGGGCCGCAUCGACGUGACGGAGGCGCAGUACGCCAUCAUCGCCAUCCACCUCAUCUCCGCCAUCCUCGGGCCCGACGUCUGGACCACUCAGAUCCCGACCAUCAGCCUCAGUCUGAAUCUAGUGUCGAACUACGGCGUGGUGUUGAUGACGGUGACCGUAGUCUUCACCUACGUUAAAGUCAUUAUGAAAGGCGGAGUUGGCAAGAACGGCUCCACCGUCGCAGGCACCAGCAUCCUGUCGCCCGUCAUCCCCUUCUCGCUGGUGGUGGUGCCGGCCUUCAUCAUCUUCCAGAAGAGCGAGUCGCACGUGUACGAGAACCACCCCGCGCUCUACAUCCUCGCGUUUGGGAUGGUCGCCGCCAAAGUCACUAACAGGCUUGUGGUGGCUCACAUGACCAAGAGCGAGAUGGAGCUGUACGACUGGUCGCUGCUGGGCCCGGCGAUGCUGUUCCUCAACCAGUACUUCAACAACGCCAUACCGGAGUACUACGUGCUAUGGCUGUGCACUAUAUGGGUGUGCGCGGAUCUGAUGCGCUACUGCGGGCAGAUCUGCCUCGAGAUCUGCGACCACCUCCACAUCCGCCUGUUCCGCAUCCCCUACCCGCCGCACGCGCACCAUCCGCACCCGCACCCGCCGCCCUCGCCCAAGCCGGAGCGCAACGAUCGCAAUAGAGGAUACAAUUGUUAUGAGAUAUACGUGGGCAGGUACGGCACGUAAGUUUGUGUUGCCAGUGUUGCCAGUGUUGCCAGUGAUGGACACUUUGUUUUGGUAAUUAAAUAAUUAAUUGUGAACGUCGUAUACCACUCGGUCGAGUUGAAGCCGGUUAACAAUAAUUCAUGAGCUACCAUUAUUUGUAAAAAUGUGUUUUUUUAGAUUUGUUUUUUUGUGAAUUUGAAAUUGAAAAUUAAUUGAAGGUUUCACAUAUAAAAGUGUUAGGUUAAUAUUCAAGUAACUUGACAAUAUUUUAAUGUUAUUGACUUAUUUUUUAAAUUAGAUUUUUUCCAAAACAAGGCAAGACGUCUUGUUUUGAAAAAAAAUCUUACACUUGGUUUUUUCUGUGAGUUUCGGAGAGAGAAAGCGUUACAUUGCAGUACAUUUCAAGUUUCGUGUCGCGUGUACAAAUACACAAUUCAACUCUAUAUUCUGUCUCUCAACUAACAUGACCCACAAAGACAAUACAAUAAACCCUGUAUAAAACUUUAACUGUAAGCUUACCACAACUUGAUACUGAGUCGAUAAUAUACUAUUGUAGCCUACUGAUAACAAUGGUAGGGAAACAACAACUUUGCGUCCGUUGCGUCCCACAGGUCAGCAAUAUUAUGAGAAAAGCAUAGAACAAAUGGUAUUAAAAUCAUUGUUUAUGUACAAACUCAGACCAAUUAUAGAAGACCAGUAUCGAUCAGUAAAAUUGUCUGCCAUCUUCUAACUUUGUCCUAUGUUCUAUAUUUUCUCAACGAUUGGCUUAAAUGUUGAUAGUACAUUAAAAACUCAGUGUUGGCUACACUAAUAUACAGUACACUUAUUUCUCUAUAAAUCUGAUGUAUAUCUCGUAUCUGUAUAAUUUGUAUGUAUUUAGUGUAUGUAUGGUAAAUAGGGUUGUAACGAAUAGUUGAUAUCAAUUUUCUUGUAAGUCUUUGUUUACGUUAGCUGAACAAAAAACCUCAACAACUUUGAAAACUAAAGUCAUUUUAAAGUUUCGUUCGUGACAGCCCUAGUACAAUAACAUUAUUAUGUAAAUUGCUAGAACGCUUCGACAUAACAUAACCUCGAGGCCAUGCCAAUUCGUAUAUUAAUUUCGUUCAAGAUUUGCUUUCUACCAAUCACAACGCCUCGCGUUCGGCAAACGACCAAUUACGAGUCGCUUUCAGCAAGCGUUUUGUGAUUGGUUGGACGGAAAUUUGACGUAGUCGGACACGCAUUUGUGUGGUCUUUCCUUACUGUCAGAUAUUUUAUUACAAGAAAGCUUACUCUAAAGCUUAGUGACUUUAUUGAAGAGAAUUGAAAAUAUUAAUAUGAGAUUAGAGAAUUCUAUGAUUAUGUUGUAUUUUAUACUUAUGUAAGUUAACACUUUAAUUUGACUUUCGUAGAAAAAUAAAAUCUGGGGACUCCGAUAUAAAGGAACAGGAUACUCAACCAUUUAUAAUUAGGUAGUUUCCUGCAUAAAUUGACUAGUGCGUGUUUUCCACAUAUAAGUGAAUCUUUUCAACAUACAUAUGUGGAUGGUAUAUAAGCUACGUCUACCUUAAGUAGGUACAAAAUAACCAAGUUUCACUAACUUUUACAAUCGUUACAAAGUACGCCAUCUUGCAUUAGAAAAGCAUGAUGAUUUAUGCUCUAUAAAAGAGCUGUAGUAUUUCUCUGUUGUGGGGCAUGGUUAAGCCAACAUAAUAAAACCAGUUUUUUAAGCUACAACUUUCAUAAACCCACCUAUUACAAUUUAUUACAAUUUUCAAUUCUUCGAAAUAUUCUAAUUAUGCUAUUACUACGUAGAAAUAUAUAUAUACAUAAAUAGACGUUAUAUUAUUAGUAUAAUAUUGCUCAAUAUAUUCAAUGCUAUACCGACCGCUAUGCUAACCGAUAGCAAUUUAAUGUAUUCGCUAUCGGCUAUAACUAAAGUGCUAAUCCUGAUAUAGGGUCUACCACAACAAUCGGUAACCUUGAGAGCACACACGUUUUUGAACCGCAAACGCCGAGGCUAUGAAAUCGGUCUUUUGAUAAUAAUUAUAAUAGUCUUUUACGGUGUUAACUUCAGUAUUACAAUUACAGCACUUAUCCGUAGGAAAGGUCGCGUUUAACGCACAUAAAUUGCAUUAUAAAAACUACUAUACUUUGCUAAGUUCUGCACUUGUUGCGUUUUGCGUCUGCGGCGGCGCGGCGGCUGUUGAUAAUCGCUCCGUGAGCACUCAGCCUAACAUGACAAUAUUUAUCAACGCAAAAAUAUGAUAUACCAGAAGCCUUAAUGAACACAAAUACAAGUCUUGUACAACCACAACAAUAAUAAUUAGGAGACUUAUUCAACACGCACGCAGCAAUAGUGAAUAAAGAUAUUACGUAUUUAAAAGAUCGUCCUAUAUUCGUUUUCGUACAUUGCUGUAACUAUUUUCGUUGAUUUUAUUGUCCAAAUAAUAAAUCAUAAUUUAUAGCAAAAACACCUCCAGUAGUUUCUUACUGUUUAAUGUUAAAAGCUGUUAUGCUACCAAUGUUGUGUGCUACUUAUUCGGCACAUUUCUGUCACAUCCCGCGAUUUUAAUUUUUGUAAUAAGAUCGGAUUCGUGAUCGAUUCAAUAUCAGUAGAUUAAUGAGGAAUGCAAAUAAUUGUGCUUGACAGUGUGGCGUGCGGCUCUUCUAGUAAUGUGCGAUAACUUUUUAUUGUUCUAAAUUGUAUACUUUUUUAUCAUGACACUUAUAAAAUCACUUGGUACAGCUGUAUGUAAAAACGAGAUUAAAAUCUAUUAACAGUAAUAAUACAUAGUUACCUUCUGUUCAACCAUUAUUUUAUUGUGUGAAUAUUAAAUGUUAAAUGUUUAAACGGAUUUGUUAAUUUUACUUCAGGUAUCGACACAGACUAAAGGAUAAAAAGAGACAAAAUCUUUAUGAAUGUGCUUAUUAAAUAUGAAGCUGUUUUCGAAUAACCUGUAGUUUAAUUAUUGUGAGCGGGAAGCCUGUAAUGGUUGUGAUGAAAACAGAUAGAGCGUACGUAAUAAAAACAGGGACAUAUUAAAUUAAACGUCGGCUUUAAUACAUUCAGGAAUUACAUGUACCCAGUGAUGAUUUUUGCAAUAACAUUGCAGCACUAAGGCAUAUUGAACAUUGCCUGUAAUUACCAGUUACUUAGACGUUAUAUUAGACCCAAUGACUUAGCAUCAGCGUUCGGUUACAGUAAUUGGCAUAUCCUAAAAGUUCCCUCUAUCAUUCUCCUUUAGUCUGUGUAUUAACACGUUGACUUUUGGUGCAUUACAUAAUUGUUUUUGCAUAAAUCCCUUUUUGAGGUUUCUUGCCCUAGAUAUGCUAGUAAUUUGAUUUUGUAUAACUCAAAGUAUUAAAUAGAUUAGGAACACUAAAUAAUAAAAUCAAAUGUUAAUUAAUGCACAUUUAUAAAUUCUGAAAGUUUCACAGGUUUUACAAACAUGUUGAAAUUAUUUAACUAAAAGGUGUGCUGAAAAGGCAACGUGUUCCGAAACAUGAUAUAUUACAAUAAUGUAGUGUUAUUGCGUCUCAAUGUGAGGCGAUGUACAUACGUGUUGAUAUAGUGAGUAACGCGCGACGACUGUAUAGUACUGUGGAGUGUAUUUUUUAUGUCAAAUAUAAGCAAAUGUACAUUUUCAA